AUGAAGAACAGAACCACAGAGUCUGCAGACGGCAGCAUCGACCUGCCGGUUCCUCAGCAAAUCCACAUCAGCAGCAUCACCUGUGAUUCCUUCAAGAUCAGCUGGGACAUGGACAGCAGAGGCAGCGAGAGGAUCACUCACUACUUCAUCGACCUCAACAAGACGGAGAACAAGAGCUCCAACAAGUUCAAGCACAAGGAUGUACCGACGAAGCUGGUGGCGAAGGCGGUUCCGCUGCCGAUGACGGUGAGAGGUCAUUGGUUCCUGAGUCCUCGCACAGAGUACACCGUGUCCGUCCAGACCGCCGCCAAACAGCCGAACGGAGAAUACGCCGUCUCUCAGUGGAGCGAGGUCAUCGAGCUCUGCACCGCAGGUCGGACACUUAACCCUCGAAUCUCCCUUAAAAAAAGUGAUUCUGAGGGGACAAAAGUGUCAAAAUCUGCCAUAAUAUUUA